AAUAACAAUCCCCUUGUGACGUCACAUAGUUUGGAGGAAAAAAUGUUAUUUGGAUGUCUCGAUGUUAUUAUGUUCAGAAAUUUCACGCAGAAUCUCGUUCUUAAGUAUUUUUGCGCCUUAGUUUCCCACUUGAGUGCCCGGCGUGAAUUUCAGUUAUAUAUACUUUAAAAAUGGACGAUAGCGCGCGGCAAUUGGAGGAAAAGGAAGCACUUAUUGCCAUAUAUGGUGAUGAUUUCCGGGUAGAAGAUUAUUUAAGUCGAUCGUACAGUGUUAGCAUUUUCGACAGCGGCAACGAUUACGUGACAUUGUAUUUAACUCUACCUGUUGAUUAUCCGUCCAAAUUGCCACCUCAGUAUGAUAUAUCUGCACCUCAUCUUCAGCAUUCAAAAAAAAUUCGUCUCUACAAACUCUUGGACGAGGUAUACUCUUCAUUUGUCGGUGAAACAGUGAUAUACCAAUGGAUAGAAAAAAUAAGAGAUGAACUGCAUUUCUUUCGAUCAUCGGAACAAAAAGAUGACGAGCAAUGCUCAGAACCAAAUGAGUCAUCUGAUAAAAUGGCUCUUACGUCUGAAUGCAUAGAAAAUUGUCCAACCAUUUAUCAUGGAGAAGUUAUUGUAGAUAGGAAGAGCUCGUUUCAAGGUCAUGCGGCCUCAGUGUCUUCCGUCGAGCAAGUCAAACAAGUACUGAGCUCUCUGCUCGGAUAUAGAAAAAUUGAGCAAGCCACUCACAAUAUUUACGCUUAUAGAAUAUUUCGUGAAGACACAAAAUCGCUCAUUCACGAUUGUGACGAUGAUGGCGAGUCUCAAGCCGGUGGAAGGUUGUUACAUUUGCUGGAGAUCGUUGACGCAAAAAACGUUUUGAUCGUCGUGUCCCGUUGGUACGGUGGAAUCCAUCUCGGCCCUGACCGCUUUCGCCACAUCAACAACGCCGCUCGUCAAGUUCUUGAAAGUUCCGAGUUGAUUAAAAAAAACCGUGAUCAAAAAAAGUGAUGGAAAAUGAAAAGAUUGCUCUCGACGAGCUUUUCAAGUCAAGAUUUUUUUUUGAUGUCAAAUUUAUUUUUUUUCGUAGUAACAUUUUAUAAAUUAUGCAACUGUGAAAUCGUCGUAUAUUUUGCUCAUCGGUGCACUUAACAGAAUCGCUAUAUUCAAAAGAACAUUAUAUAUAUAAUUAUGCGUAACAAUACUUUCUUUUUCUAUUUACAACGUGUGGCUGGAGAAGAUCUUGAAAAUAUAUGCACGGUUACAAGAUAAAAAAAACUAAACAGCAAGAUUUUAAAAAUACAUUUUAUCGUGCUGUUCUAAAACAAAACACAGUGUUGAAAAUCACAAUGAUAACGCACAUGAACAUAAUUGAGAUAUAAAUGUGAGACUAGCACAAGGUUCGAUUUCUUCAAGGAAAUUUCUUCAAAAGUUAAUUUCCAUAGUCGUAUUAAUAUCCGAAAAAAUAAAAUUAAAAAAUUACUUAUAUCUCAUAGGAGAAUAUUCGUCGAUAUUGUUAUCCUACAAAGUACAAAUAAUACUUGAUCAAUUAUGCUGAAUGAUUAAUCGGUUCGAUACUCACGGUUCAUCGUGACAUAAAAAUACUGUAAAUAAAAAUACUUGAUCGAUUAUUAA